AUGAUUGCUGCCCAGGUCGGGAGAGUGAUGCCCCCCUUGAUGUUGAGUUUGUUUCUGGGCGCCACAUUCUCCAUCGGGCCCCUGAUCCCAGCCGCCGCCUUCCAGCUGCCGUUCUGCCAGCUCAUCAACCAGACGGUGUCUCUGGAGAAGGAGGGCUGUCCAAAGUGCCACCCAGUGGAAACGACCAUCUGCAGUGGUCACUGCGUCACCAAGGACCCUGUCAUCAAGACACCAUUCAGCAAUGUUUACCAGCAUGUGUGCACGUACCGGGACUUCUACUACAAGACAUUUGAGCUUCCUGACUGUCCUCCUGGUCUAGAUCCGACUGUCACCUACCCUGUGGCUUUGAGCUGCAACUGUGGCCGCUGUGCCAUGGACACAUCUGACUGCACCUUCGAGAGUCUGCAGCCCAACUUCUGCAUGAAUGACAUACCUUUCUACUACUAGUCUCCAGAAUCAAAAACCACAUUAACAACAAGCAUAUAGAAGACAUAUAAGCAUAUAGAAACAGUGCUUACUUUAAGAAUCUAUGCUGUAAAUAAAGAGUAUUACAGUUAACAGUGCAAUACAGUUUCAAUUUCUCACGUAUUUAAAGAAGUGGAAAUACCUACAAUAACCAUUUCUAAGGAGUUCUGUACAAACAGAGACUGUUAACCACUGUAUUUCCUUCUGCUUUUCUCAAGAACAAGAAUAUAUGCUGUAUCACAAGUUCCCUCUUAGAUCAGGCCUGU